AAUACAUUCAAGUUUCUCCCUAUGUAUUUGAUCCCAGCUUGCUCUGUUACACAUGCAUUUCGCCGCUCUUUUUCUUCCGAGUACAAAUACCCAACUCAAUCCUGAGCAGAAAUAUGGCCGCCACCACAACUACUGCUUAUUUCGCUUUGAGAAUCAUUAUUAUUUAAAAAAAAUCCCUCGCAAGACAUUAAUAAACAUGACCGUAACUGUCGUCACUGAUAAGAGCCAGUUCGACAGAAUCCUGGAGCAGAGUCCCAAGGUCGCGGUCGACUUUACCGCCCACUGGUGUGGAUCGUGCAAGGCCAUGGACCACGUCUUUGAAAAUUUCUCGAACGAGCAUUCCAAUGUUACCUUCCUCUCGGUCGAUAUUGACAAUGCCACCGAUAUUGCUAAAGAAUACAAGAUCAAGUCGAUGCCCACUUUCAAGUUCCUUGACCAUGGCAAGGUGGUUGAUGAAGUUGUCGGCACCAACAAGCACGAGCUAGAGAGAUCCAUGGAUAGCUUUACGUCGUAGACAUUACAAAUUCAGCCUGUAUAUCUACCUUUUAUUUCAUAAAUUUGCU